GCGUGGAAGCCCUUAAGAGAAGGAGGAGGGUCUUCGCCAUUGGUUUCUUGUCACAGUGUUUGGGCUUGAGGUAACAGGUUUUUGCCAUGGAGUUCCAGGCAGUGGUGAUGGCAGUUGGUGGUGGAUCCCGUAUGAUGGAUCUGACCUCAAGCAUCCCUAAAGCUCUUCUGCCUGUGGGCAAUAAGCCUUUAAUAUGGUACCCACUCAACUUGCUGGAACAAGUUGGUUUUGAAGAGGUCAUUGUGGUUACCACAAAAGAAGUUCAGAAGAUGCUAAACUUGGACACAAAGCUGAAGCUGGAUAUAGUGUGCAUUGCUGAUGACGCAGAUAUGGGAACAGCAGACUCUUUACGGCAUAUUCAUCAGAAAAUAAAGACAGAUGUGUUGGUGCUAAGCUGUGAUCUUAUCACAGAUGUUGCUCUUCAUGAAGUAGUGGACUUAUUCCGGGCUCAUGAUGCCACACUGGCCAUGCUGAUGAAGAAAGCCUGUGAACCUACAGAGCUGGUACCAGGUCAAAAAGGGAAGAAAAAGCUGGUGGAGCAACGUGAUUUUAUUGGCGUGGAUGGCAUGGGAAAGAGGUUGCUCUUCAUGGCCAAUGAAGCGGAUUUGGAUGAAGAAAUUAUCAUUAAGAGAUCCAUCCUGCAGAAGCAUUCCAGAAUGCACAUCAGGACAGGACUGAUGGAUGCGCAUCUGUAUUGCUUGAAGAAAUACGUGGUAGACUUCCUUGUAGAAAACAGGUAA